AUGAUAAUGACGAAAGUUACCAAAAUUAUCCAAGAACAAGUAAAUCUAACGAAUUGUUUCUUAUAUUUCCAAAAAGUUUUCAAAUAUCCAAACGCUUUUAGAGUUUUCAUACCUUUUAUUUUAUUGAACAAAACAGAAAUUUUGGAUUUUGUUCUAUACAGAGACGUUCCUCCUCAAAUUAUCAAUAUUUUAUUUGAACUUGAUGAUCUUUUUGAAAGCGAAGAUCAUAAAGCUGAAUUUCUACUUAAAAAGAUCUUGAUGACAGAUAAGCAUGAUUUUCAAAGCUUUUCGUUGAUUAAUUUCCAAAAAUUAUCUCCAUUAUGUCUCCAUAAUUUAAUAAAUCACCAAUAUUCAGAAGAAAUCAUGAAAAAUAUCAAUAUGAGAAUGAGCCAGACUCCAGAAUUUACGAAAUACAUAGAUGAUCUUAAAAAUCAAUAUUUGGAAGUAUCAAAAGCCGAAAUUUCUAAGCAUAAAGAAUUAGAUCAAUACAAAGAACGUCAGCAAGCUGUUAAUACCGAGUUACUGAAGCAUUCAGAAUAUUUAUAUAUUAUGACCAUCAAAAAAGACUAUAUAAUAGCUGAUUUAGAGAAUGCAUGCACUAUAUGUCGAAAUGCAAGUAAUUUAUUUAUCAAAUCCAUAGAAGAUGCUGAAAAAGCCAAAAAUUUAAGAAUUCACAUUGAAGGAUUGAUGUCUUUGAGUGAAAAGUUUUACACUGCAAUGGAUUGGUUUGCAGGACAAAAGUUUGCCAAUACUAUAUUCCCUGGAUCUGCGAAAUCCGCUUACGAUUUUUCUGUAGAGUUACAGACGCAAAUAAAAGGAGCAGAAUGUAUGCUUGAUGGAAUUAUCCCUUCUGCUGCAAGCAUAAACGCAACUUUGGCGUUUUUAUCUGAUAUUGAAAGUACAAUUAUCAAAAAUAUGGAUAUCAUUAGAAAUAUGUAA